AUGAACUCUGCGCGCGCUCAGAUGCUCGCCGAGGUGGCUCGAGUAGAGGCAGCCAUGCCCCCGAGAGUCGUCAAGAUCGAGGACACUCCUCCUCCACCAGUCACGGGGGCUAACUGCGCUCCCGUUGGCGAUGCAUCUCUGCGCGCCUUACGGGGUUCAAGCCAGGGCAAUAGACUUGGAGGACUCCAGCCUGCCGGCUCAUCUACCAACAUCGGGCCCCGUGCCAUGACUGCUCCCGUCUCUGCUUCGCUGAAGCGACCACACAGAGAUGACGGAGGAGCCAAGAACGACAAGGGAGUCAAGCGGCACAAAUCCGGACUCUACACCAAAGUCAUUUCCCUUGGCCAGGCUCCUUCCCCAAACCCGGACACCAAGUACCUCACGUCUCUCCUCCAGAAUCGGACCCUGACUCUUUGUUUGCAACCCCCUCUGAAGAAGGGGGAGUUGAUUGGGACGCCCCGGACGCACGAGUUUCGCAUCUCGCAGGCUGGUUUGAUCCAGCACGAAGCCCUGUCGGCCCUUGGCUACACCCGAGCGCUGCCCUUGUCUCUCCAUGACCAAGACAUCUGUGGGGGUGGUGGUCCCAUCAUACGCACCGUCCGAGGUCAGUUGCUCGAGGAUGUGUGGUCUGGUCUGAGCAACCAGAUGAAGUUUGGAUUUGCUCGACAGCUUCACAACUUACUGGGCAAGAUGCGAACUCAGGACAAGGGCAACACGGUGGGAUCUGUUCAUUCCGGGCAGUACACUCUUCUGCUGGACAAGCAUGCCGAGCACACAUAUUAUGCGAUCCGCACGAAGCCGACUCAGAAACAGUUCAUGGCGCUUCUCAUGUCAACCUUGUACAACACCGUUCCAACCCAGGUUGCCCAGGCUCUGAUUUCGCAGUUCCGGACCAGCUACGACACGGUGCUCACGCAUGGUGCGCUGUGCCCCCGGAACAUUGUUGUCUGCAACGAUACAAUCGCAUGGAUUGUGGGCUGGGACUGUGCCGGGCAUUAUCCCGCUUGGUGGGAGUAUGCUCGAUUCUUCGAGGCGAGAACUUCCGAGGAGAACAGCGACUGGUAUAGCUAUGCGCGGGACAUUUUCGACGAUGAAUUUACGACCGAGCUUGCAGCUUACCAGGGAUUGGGGAGAUGCCAGCAGCCCUGA